AUGGUCAAAUCGGCUGCGCAAGCGCAGGACCGAGAUGAACAGACCAAACUAGAGAUGAAACACCGGCAGGAAGAAGACGAUUUGUACAGAAAAUUCUCCAAACAUCGUGAGGAAGAAAACAGAAGAAUACGAGACGAGAUACAAGAUGAAUGGGAACGUGAACUUGAGAGGCUGACAAGUAGAUUCCAACAAGAAAUGCAAGUGAAAAAGAGACGACCGGAUGCAGAACUUGGAGCACUUACGUUACGUCACCAACAAGAGAGAGCAGAUUUAGAGAAGAAUAUGACAUUAAGAAGAGAUAAAAAGAAAGAGAGCCUUACGAGAAAAAUGCUGGAACAUGAACGGGCAGCGACAGCUGCAUUAGUAGAAAAACAAAGCUACGAGAUGAUGGAAUUAAUCCAAGAACGGCGGUCUGAAUACAUGGCAGCAUCCUCCCUCUACGUUGAUGGGGAAGAAGCGCCACCAUACCCAUCAAGAGCUCCUGCUCCUCAGCCUCCAUUGGUGUCCAAAUUCCACAUUUACACUGAUCCAGCAGAAUUUGCUGAUGUCGAUAAAAUUGCUAUUUCGGUAGCGCAAGAAGACCAAAAAACAUUCACAGACUUAGUCCGACAACUUGUAGGUAGAUGUGCAAGUGACGUCGAAAAAGCAAGAACCAUAUUCCGUUGGAUCACUGUGAAGAAUCUAAACAAUAUUCAGUUUGACGAUAACCUUCGGGGUGACUCGCCGCUAGGACUGCUCAGAGGCAUUAAGCACGGCACAGAAAGUUACCAUGUACUGUUUAAGAGAUUAUGCAGCUAUGCAGGCCUUCACUGCGUGGUUAUUAAAGGCUACAGUAAAUCUGCGGGCUACCAACCAGGAGUGCGCUUUGAAGACAACAGAUUCCGAAACUCCUGGAAUGCCGUCUACGUAGCCGGAGCAUGGCGCUUUGUGCAGUGCAACUGGGGCGCCAGACACCUCGUCAACGCCAAAGACGCUCCCAAACCAGGGAAUAGAGGGAAAAGUGAUAGCUUGAGAUACGAGUACGACGACCACUACUUCCUAACAGACCCUCGCGAGUUCAUCUACGAGUUCUUCCCUCUGCAGGCGGACUGGCAGCUGCUGAAGACGCCUAUCACGUUGCAUGACUUCGAAGAACUACCUUUUGUCAGAUCGCUCUUCUUCCGCUACGGGUUAUACUUUAGUGACCCAAACACUAAAGCUGUUAUGUACACAGAUUCAACAGGUGCGGCGACUAUGCGUAUAGCCAUGCCCGCACACAUGCAGAGCUCACUUAUCUUCCACUACAACCUCAAGUUCUAUGAUACUGAGGGCGAUGGCUUCGACGGUGUUAGUCUCAAGAGAUUCGUUAUGCAGUCGGUUAUAGGCAACGUUGUUUCAUUCCGAGUGCACGCGCCCUGCAGCGGUGCUUUCCUGUUGGAUAUCUUCGCGAACGCCGUCACUCCUCGAGAGUACCUCACUGGAGAACCUAUGAAGUUCAAGAGCGUUUGCAAGUUCAAGAUCUGUUGCGCUGAGCUGCAAACUGUGAUGGUCCCACUACCAGAUUGCGCCAGUGGUGAGUGGGGACCUACGAAAGCAACAAGACUCUUCGGUCUAGUACCUAUUACACACCAAGAAGCGCUGGUAUUUGCUGGUCGUGAACUCGAGAUCCAGUUCCGCAUGUCACGACCGCUCGCCGACUUCAUGGCGACACUGCAUAAAAACGGAGUCGAUGAGAAACGACUAUCGAAAUACGUGCAGCAGAACGUCUCUGAUGACAUCGUGUCCUUCUACAUUACUUUCCCUGAAGAAGGUCAGUAUGGGCUGGACAUAUACACCCGCGAGCGCGGCGGCUCAACUGCUAUUCACCAAAACGGUUCUGCGGAGAAGGAAAAGCAUCUACUCACUCAUUGCUGCAAAUACCUCAUCAAUAGCAGCAAGCGAAAUUAA